UAGGGACAAAUCUCUGUGACAUUAAUCGACUUUCCUUUCUUGGCAAAUUUGCGACAUCUCUCGCUUUUCGGGUUCGGCCGUAGUCUCGAUGUCCGCAACCAUGCUUGGCCGUCGUCUGGCGCAUCGCGCCUCUCAGCUGAAGGUGCUGAGUCGUUCUUCUUCUUCUUCUGCUGCAAACACUAUAACACCUAUUUCCGCUUCUUCAUCACCCGUCACGAACCAAGCACCAAAUCAUCCAACGACAUGGACAACCAGCCAGAGACCGCGCGCGGUCGCCAUGUCAGGUCCACGUUUUGAGCAAACUGUUCUCGAACUCCAGCCCAACCCAUUGAGCGCGAUGGAGAUGGUUAACAAUGAGCCUAUCCGUGUUGUGCAUGGGCGGAAAGCUGUUUGUGAUGGUGGAGGAGGACCUCUUGGUCAUCCCAAGAUAUUUAUCAACCUGGACAAACCUGGUGCUCGGCCAUGCGGUUACUGCGGUCUCCGCUUUGAACAAGUUCCACAUGACCACUAGGAUGUCAAACUAUAAUUAGUAGCUGGUCUGACAUAUGACUAAAUCAAAUAUUUUUCAUCCCGUGUCAAACAAUAUUUAUUUUGCAUGUUUCUAAUUGCCGCCUACUAUUGCAAAUGUGGGUAAAAGUACAGCGGCGCUCUACAACGCCCAACCAGACUAAAUAUGCUACUAGAAUGGGGUAAGUAUGGUAAGAUAAACCAGGAGGAAAUACUAGAGUCACAGUGAAUCCGGGCGAUAUGCCUGAUCAACCUCCUGGGUUCGGUGAGAUACGGUUUAGAGGC